AACAAAAAAUAUGGAAAAUGGCCUCGAUCUUAUUUCUCAUUCGUCGGGAGACGGUGUCCGCUGAUAACCGAUUGUCCGUCGUGUCCGUCUCAAUGAGAAAUUUAUGAUAUACACUCGCGAAAUGCACCAUCGCACGUGAACGAUUAUUACGAUUGUUACAAACCGCCAGUAACUAGAAACUUCAUGUCAAUCAUUAAUACGGGGUUUUUCGGUAAAAACCAACAAAUACAACGCAAUCAAUAUCAUUAGGCCCGAGGCCCGAUCAAAUCACGUUCACAAUGUUGACAACCACUCACGCACACACGGUGGUCAAUGCAUCAAUACGUGCUUCAUAAUAACGCGCGUCAUGUGUUAUUUCACUAAUUCGCGAGUACAAUAAUAAAGGUUGGAAGGAACGUCCCAAUUAUGUGUAUUUUUUUUUAAAGUAAAUCGCGACGUCUUUGUGGUCAUAUUAUACUUUUCAACUUGUUCUUAAUUUAAUUUAGUCAUUGUUAACGCGGUUAAAAUUGAAUUUCUGCUACAUGUCUUCUACUUAAGAUUCUAAUGGUUUAUUGUAAAGCUACAAUAAAAAUUACAAACAUGAUACGGAAUACAGUAGUUUUACUUAUGAAUGGGAAUGAGUCAUAGAAAUGCUCCCUGCAGUGGAUAGAAAAUGCAAUACAUCUAUAAAAGAAAAAACUUUUCGAAAGAUAAAAGAAAAAAAGAAACACAAAAUAAAACAUAAAACAUACAAAAAACAUUGUGCACAUACUUCAAAUAGAAAUUUAGUCCAAUAUUCAGACGUCAGUUCUGAAGAGCUAAGUAGUCCAGAGGCAGGUGAAAUCCAUAGUGAUUUUGAUGAGAAACAUGGUAUAUUUCGUUUGAAUCAUAACAAAAUAAUUACUAAUAAUAUACGUAUCACUAGAGUAACUUCACCUCAAAAUCUUUUAGUGGACUGUUCUCCUCUUAGUAAUCAUUGGGACCUGGAUUCAAUACUAGAAGAUUCUCCAAUGUCUACCAACUUAAGUUUAAAUAAUUGUAUAGAUAUGACAGAAGUAGCACAUUUAAAAAGCAAAAAAAGUAAAAAGUUGAAUAAAAAGCCUAAAAGUCCUGGUUCAAAAAGGAGAAAAAAGAAGAAGGAUUUAAAAAUUAAUAUAUUACCAGACUGUGAUAAUAGUUAUAAUAAGUAUUCUAAGCAAUCGAAUUUGGAACUUUCCAAACAUAAUGGUGAUUUUAACGAAUCCAUUAACAAAAAAAAAACUGUUGAGGAGUCACAUACUCCACCUUUAACAAAACCAGCUCAAAUCAGAAUUUCCAAAGUUGAAGUGACCCACAAAGAGGAAGAAAAACACUCCAAACAUCUUAAAAAAGAAGAUAAAAGUUGGACGAAGAGCCCGCCAUUAUUAAAUAUAGCAAUAAGAAAAGAAUACAGUCGAACUCCUGAACCAGCAGAUAGUCGAUAUAAUUAUUGUUCUCGAAGUGUUUUGAAACUAAAUAGUCGUGAUUCUAAAAAACGUAUGGACGAAUAUGAUAGAUAUGACACUGAUGGACUGAAAUCCUCAAGAACUCGUGAGAAGUAUGAGAGGAGUAGAGUACGAAGAAAUAAAUCUGACAAAGAAAGAUCACCAGUUCAUAGUCACAGAUUAUCAAGAAGUCCUAUUCGAGAUCGUCGACAAUAUGAACAUGUGAGGAGAACUUCCAAGGGAUAUUCUCGGUCUCGAUCACGUUCUCAUUCUCAUUCACAUUCUCCUCAUUUGCCGAGGCAUGACCAUGUAUAUCACUCACCAAAACGUGGACAAAAAUCUCCGCCACGUACUACAUCGAAAACCUCGAAGCACACGUCUCAUGUAUCACGUGUAGUAUCACCUCAUAACCCUCGUUCUUCUAAAAAAUCAAGUCAUACUAGGCCCAAAUAUUCACGAUCUCCUUCAAAAAAUAUUCAUAAUCAUAGUAGAUCUUCUUCCCCAGUAAAGGAUGCAAGAGCUAACAAAAAACAUUCUGAUAGCGAUUCUCCUGAAGGUUAUUCUUCAGUUUCUAAAAAAAAGAAAGAAACCAAAAGUCCAGCUAAACAAUUUAAUCCUAAAGUAAAACUUAGUGAAACAAGUCUCUUUGCCGAAUUAGUUAAAGAUCGACAGAUGCGAGAAUUGGCUAUGAAAUGUUUAACCCAAGUAAAUACCAAGACUAUUAAUGAAAAUGAAGUAGUUGAAAUACAUGAUGAUUCUGAUAAUGAACAAAAUAAUACUAAUAUAAAGGAUUCGAAUAUAAAGGAUUCAAAUUUAAAAUUAUUAAAUAAUAUCUGUGAUGAUAUUGAUUCUUGUAGAACAGUUGAAACUUACAACAAAAGAACUCAAAAUUCUGUAUCUGAAUUUGAAACAUCUAAUAUAAAAUCAGUCACAUCAUCAAUAUUAGACUUAGCACCUACAAUAUCAGUAGAAAAUCAAAGCCCAUCUGUAUCUAAAGAAGAAUUUUUAAUAAACGGAGUAGACAAUUUUUUAGAACCUAUUCCUACAUUAACAUCAAUAAUAACAUCACCAGAUAAAAAAAUGCCAGAAGUAAUUGAAAAUAAAGAUUCGAUCUCUAAAAUGCCACUACCAAUGCCCCCUGUUUAUCCUAUACAUGAUGAAUUAUCUCCAGAUUCCGAGUAUAAGAGUUCGAGAAAAAGCAUAAAAGAUUUACCCUUACCACCAGGAUCUGUUUCAGAUUCAGUAAAUACUGAUGAUAAAAAACUUUCUUUAGCAGAAAUAGUUAUGCAUCCUUUGCCUGAUUUUCAACAAAAUGCUAUUAAAAGAUCUAUCAUGUUAGGCUUGGGAUCAGGAUUCCAACAAAGCUUUUCAUUUACUUCCAAUACAGAACGACUCACUCGCCCUACAGAUCCCAAUAUUAAGAUUAAGCGACCUAGAGUAAUUCAUCGAAGACGGGGUGCAAAAUCUGCUGCAGCUAGUCCUAUUGAUUGGGGAGAGCAAUGUGUUGAUAUGUUUGAAGUAAUCAAUCAAAUAGGUGAAGGAACAUAUGGUCAAGUAUAUAAAGCAAAAGAUAAAACUACAGGCACAUUUGUAGCACUGAAAAAGGUUCGCCUUGAAAAUGAAAAAGAAGGUUUUCCAAUUACUGCUGUUCGAGAAAUAAAAAUUUUACGACAAUUAAAUCAUAAAAAUAUUGUUAAUCUCAGAGAAAUUGUUACUGAUAAACAAGAUGCUCUCGAUUUUAAAAAAGAUAGAGGGUCAUUUUAUUUAGUUUUCGAGUAUAUGGAUCACGAUCUUAUGGGACUGUUAGAAUCUGGAAUGGUAGAUUUUAACGAGAUGCAUAAUGCUAGUAUUAUGCGACAGUUGUUGGAAGGUUUAAAUUAUUGUCACCGUCGAAAUUUCCUUCAUAGAGAUAUCAAAUGUAGUAACAUCCUGAUGAAUAACAAAGGUGAAGUGAAGUUAGCUGAUUUUGGUUUAGCUAGAUUAUAUAACGCUCAAGAUAGACAGAGACCAUAUACCAAUAAGGUGAUUACACUAUGGUAUAGGCCACCUGAAUUAUUACUUGGUGAAGAGAGGUAUGGUACAUCGAUAGAUGUUUGGUCUUGUGGAUGUAUUUUGGGUGAAUUGUUCUUAAAAAAGCCUUUAUUUCAGGCUAAUGAAGAAAUGAUGCAAUUGGAAACUAUAUCUCGUUUAUGCGGAAGCCCAACACCAGCUGUAUGGCCUACUGUUAUUAACUUACCUUUCUGGCAUUCAUUAAAAGCCAAAAAAGUUCAUCGUCGUCGUAUACGUGAAGAAUUUACAUUUAUGAAUGAUAGUGCUUUGGACCUUUUAGAUCAUAUGUUAGAAUUAGAUCCUAGCAAACGAAUUACUGCUGACAAAGCUCUUAAAUGCAAUUGGUUGAAAAAUGUUCAACCUGAUAAAAUGGAUGUUACAGCAUUACCAACAUGGCAAGAUUGUCAUGAGCUUUGGAGCAAAAAAAGAAAACGAGAUCAAAGGAGAGAAAACCAACCUAGAACUAAUGAAACUGGCGAACCAUUAAUUGCCAUGGGAUAUCCUACUGAUCUACAAAAUAAUUCAGUUGAUGGUGUAAGGUCAAAUAAUGAAACUAAUACCAAUGAGGCUGAAAGUGAUACUGCAACAGCACAUAAUAGUUUAAUGAAAUCAGAUAAUAAUUUUGAAAAGUCUAGUCACAAUAUAGAAAUAGAUGAGGUGUCUAGUACAACAGUUGAUAUAAUUGAUGAUAUGAAUUUGACUCCACCAAUCAAUCAAUUUAAUCCAUGCUUAAAUACUUUUCUUCCAAAAACUGGACGGUUUUAGAUAUAAUGCUUCUAAAAAAGGUGGUUUUUUUAUUAAGCCUCGCUAUUUUCUCUCAACUCGGUUUUUAUUUUAUGUAUAUACAUAUAUAUAUCUGUGUGUGUAUAUAUACAUGUAUACAAAAUCUAUACAUGUUAAAUAAUUUUAUACUUCGGUAUUACUUAAUUUGUACAAGGAACUAUAUGAUUAUUAUAUAUAUUUUUUUCACAUGUAUUUUGAACACUUUU